AUGCUGGAAUCAUCCUGGACGAUAGGCUCGGGUGCGCCCUCCGGCCCGGUCCCCGAUCCGUCCCGGGUCCAGCACCGCGCCGCCCGCCAGCUCCAGUAUGCGGCCGCCAUUGCCUCGAGGGAGGUCAAGGAGGGUCUCUCUGCACGAGCGCUGCAUCAGCCGCCAGGUCAGCAGCUGACGUCCUGGGACAUGUCUCGCCAGGCCUGCUGCCCGACCCGCACGCCGCGAUUUGCCGCCCGCGCAGCGGCAGAGCAGCAACGGGCCGCCGCCCCCGACAGGGAUGCAAUCCGCAACAGGAGACUGACUGAGCUUCACUCGGCCCGAAGUGCUGCCUCGGCCAAGGGGGACCUGAGCCGCGCUCGCUCCGAGGGCCUGCGGGUGGUGGGGCUGGGCUGCGGCCAGCCCUGGGCCAUGCCCGAGGCUCAGUACCGUGCCUUGAGGCCAGGCAUGAAGAUGUGA